GAAGAAGAAGAGGCGGCGCGCGUUGAAGCGCAUGCAUCCUCCCUCUUCUUUACGUUGGGUUUUGCAGCAGGUCGCGCCGAUUGAACUUCCUGUGCUCGUGCAUCAAGGGAAAGUGAAGUUUCGCUUCCACAUCACAGAACAGCAGUGACGAGCAGUCUUCAAGAUGUCUUCUGGAAACGCUAAGAUCGGUCAGCCUGCUCCUCAGUUCAAGGCCACCGCUGUGGUAGACGGACAGUUUAAAGACGUUCAGCUCUCUGACUACAGAGGGAAGUAUGUGGUGUUGUUCUUCUAUCCGCUCGAUUUCACCUUCGUGUGCCCUACCGAGAUCAUCGCCUUCAGCGAGCGGGCGGCCGAGUUUCGUAAAAUCGGCUGCGAGGUUAUCGCGGCCUCCACCGACUCUCAUUUCAGCCACCUGGCAUGGAUCAACACCUCCAGGAAGCAGGGCGGCCUCGGCUCCAUGAACAUCCCGCUGGUGGCUGACCUGACUCAGGCCAUCUCCCGUGAAUAUGGGGUCCUGAAAGAGGACGAAGGCAUCGCCUACAGAGGUCUGUUUGUGAUCGACGAUAAAGGCAUCUUGAGGCAGAUCACCAUCAAUGACCUGCCGGUGGGCCGCUCGGUGGACGAGACCCUCAGACUGGUGCAGGCCUUCCAGCACACCGACAAAUACGGAGAAGUUUGUCCUGCUGGAUGGAAACCUGGAAGUGACACUAUUGUUCCAGAUGUGCAGAAGAGCAAGGAGUUCUUCUCCAAGCAGUAACAGUCCUGCUGUGUUUCCGGACCGUGCUCAUGUUCAGUCGGACGCUGGAGCACUUAACCUUAGCCUGAGAGUUCUUGAAAAGUUGUCCAAGCCAACGUAACAAAGUCGUCGCAGUUUAAAUGCACUUGUUAGACAGAUUUCCUUUCCUUUUCAUUGUCUGAAGAAGCCGUUGCAGUCAGCGUCUCCCAUGCACUGAAAUGUCUGUAGUUUUUACAUUAUUUAGUACUGAGCAUUUGAUUCAGUUUGUCCCAAGUUCUUUAACAAUCUGGUGUUCAUCAAUAUCUGUGAAAUAAACGGGCUGUUAUUGUUUGA